CCCGCCGCCGCCGCCGCCGCGGCCCGCCCGGCCACAGUAUGGAGACGGCGGAGAAGGAGUGCGGCGCCCUGGGCGGGCUCUUCCAGGCCAUCGUCAAUGACAUGAAGAGCUCCUACCCCAUCUGGGAGGACUUCAACUCCAAGGCCACAAAGCUGCACUCCCAGCUGAGGACCACUGUGCUGGCUGCUGUGGCCUUCCUGGAUGCCUUCCAGAAAGUGGCCGACAUGGCCACCAACACCCGAGGGGCAACCAGAGACAUUGGCUCGGCACUCACACGCAUGUGCAUGCGCCACCGCAGCAUCGAAACCAAGCUGCGGCAGUUUACCAACGCCCUGCUGGAGAGCCUCAUCAACCCGCUGCAGGAGCGCAUCGAGGACUGGAAGAAGUCAGCCAACCAACUGGACAAGGACCACGCAAAAGAGUACAAAAGAGCCAGGCAUGAGAUAAAGAAGAAGUCGUCAGAUACGCUGAAACUGCAGAAGAAAGCGCGCAAAGAGCUACUUGGAAAAGGAGACCUGCAGCCACAGCUGGACAGCGCCCUGCAGGACGUCAAUGACAUGUACCUGCUGCUGGAGGAGACGGAGAAGCAGGCGGUGCGCAGGGCACUGAUCGAGGAACGGGGCCGUUUCUGUACUUUCAUCACCUUCCUGCAGCCCGUGGUGAAUGGCGAGCUGACCAUGCUGGGAGAGAUCACCCAUCUGCAGGGCAUCAUUGACGACCUGGUGGUGCUGACCGCAGAACCCCACAAGCUGCCUCCCGCCAGUGAGCAGGUGAUCAAAGACCUGAAGGGUUCCGACUACAGCUGGUCCUACCAGACCCCACCCUCAUCACCCAGCAGCUCCAGCUCCCGGAAGUCCAGCAUGUGCAGUGCCCCCAGCAGCAGUAGCAGUGCCAAGGGUGGCGGAGCCCCAUGGCCUGGUGGUGCCCAAACAUACUCACCCAGUUCCACCUGUCGCUACCGCAGCCUGGCGCAGCCAGCCACCACCCGCCUCUCCAGCGUCUCCUCCCACGACUCUGGCUUCGUUUCCCAGGACGCCACCUACUCCAAGCCCCCCUCGCCCAUGCCUUCAGACAUCACCAGCCAGAAGUCCUCCAGCUCUGCAUCUUCCGAAGCCUCGGAGACCUGCCAGUCUGUUAGCGAGUGCAGCUCCCCCACUUCGGACUGGACCAAGGCUGGUCCCCAUGAGCAGCCCUUGGGCAGCACUCUACAACGGAGGAAAGACCGAGUGGAGCUCAUCCGAGACACAGAGCCAGGCCCCGCCAGCGGAGGCACUCUGGGCCCCAGUGGAGAAGAAGCUCCAAGACCCCGGAUGUCCCCUGCCACCAUCGCAGCCAAGCAUGGUGAGGAGGUGUCCCCUGCAGCCAGCGACCUGGCCAUGGUGCUGACCCGUGGCCUGAGCCUGGAGCACCAGAAAAGCAGCAGGGACUCGCUCCAGUACUCAAGUGGCUACAGCACACAGACCACCACGCCCUCGUGCUCUGAGGACACCAUCCCCUCCCAAGGCUCAGACUACGACUGCUACUCUGUGAAUGGGGAUGCAGACGGUGAGGGCCCUCCUGAAUUUGACAAGUCGUCCACCAUCCCUCGAAAUAGCAACAUCGCCCAGAACUACCGCCGUCUGAUCCAGACCAAGCGCCCGGCCUCUACAGCUGGGCUGCCCACUGCAGGGCUCCCCACGGCCACGGGCCUGCCCUCAGGCGCACCCCCUGGUGUGGCCACCAUCCGCCGCACACCCUCCACCAAGCCCACCGUGCGCCGUGCCCUGUCCAGUGCCGGUCCCAUCCCUAUCCGGCCUCCCAUAGUCCCGGUGAAGACACCCACAGUGCCCGACUCCCCUGGCUAUGUGGGGCCCACGCGGGCAGGCAGUGAGGAGUGUGUCUUCUACACGGACGAGGCAGCCUCGCCUCUGGCAGCAGACCUCGUGAAGGCCUCCCCAAAGAGGCUCAGCUUGCCCAACACAGCCUGGGGCAGCCCAUCCCCAGAGGCAGCCAGCUACCCUGGGGCCGGGGCCGGGCUGCCCACUGAGGACGAUGAGCAGCAGCAGCUAGCUGCCAAUCGGCACAGCCUGGUAGAGAAGCUUGGGGAGCUGGUGGCCGGAGCCCAUGCCCUGGGCGAGGGCCAGUUCCCCUUCCCCACAGCUCUGUCGGCCACACUGGCAGAGGAGACACCUACCCCACCCCCAGCUGCCACCAGCGACCCUCCAGCCGAAGACAUGCUGGUGGCCAUCCGACGCGGGGUCCGGCUCCGCAGGACCGUCACCAAUGACAGGUCGGCACCCCGCAUCUUAUGAUGGUGCCAACCUCCCUACCCUGUCAGUCCCAGGCACAAGCAGGUGUCCUGGUCUGUGAGCAGCCACUCAGAGCGACAGCACAGCCAGGAGAGAGAACAGCGCCAGAGAUGAGGCACGGCCACUUUAUGGAAAGAGACACCUAGGCUGGAUUUCAACAUCUAAUGGGAAGUGAUGUCCUUUACAGACCAUGCCAGGACAGCCUGCAGGCCUUGAACUGGUUUCCAAGCCAGUUUUAUACUUUCCUUGCCUACUCUGGUCCUCAUUUUUCCUCCCUCAGAUCCUGCCUUGUCCAAACCCCAGAGCCCAUGACCAAGGGGCCCACCUCCCUCUGCCACUUGGGGCCCCAUACGGCCUGGGGUCUAUAACUCAGCUCCCCUGGCCCCACUGUUCCCUGGGACCAUGUGCCCAACUCAUGGAAUGCUGGCUUCCUUCUCUCCUUGCCUGAGCUCCCUCCCCUUCUCUCUGCCUCUCCUAGACUCCUCUCUGUUAGGGGGGAUGGUGGGUUGUAGAGGAGGAAGGCACCCAAUCAGCUGAGUCACUUUGUGACCCGAGUUAAGGGAACAGGCUGGUGUUGGCAGACCAGCCUCCAUGGAGAAAGACUAGAGGGAGGUAAUGCAGGGGCUCUGGGGGGAGGCUCGGAGGACCCUCCAGCUGCCAUCCCCCAUGAAGAGUGGCUAAGUACAAGCCAGGCAGGGCUGCAGAGAAAGGAGCCCAGAGGCAGGACAGACAUACAGCUCGUUCAGGUAUCCUGUCUUCACCUGGGCACACUGGGACUCUAACUCUGGUAGCACUUUGGGGUCACAGUUUCAGCCACCACCGGGGUGAGAGCUGAAGUAUUAGAGGGCGUGGGAGGGGUAUUUUAUGACCAAUAAAAUGGAGCUGGCCCUGGACAAGGGCUAUGUGUGGGGCAAGCUGGUGGAACAGGGUGUGUGUCUUUGAGUGCCUGAGAGAUGUUGAGGGGGCCCACAGUGGUCUGGUGGACCCAUUGCAGGAGGAGGGUAGAAUUGGCUCCCCAAAGUCAGAGAGACACUGCUCUUCUCACCAGCGUGUUGGUGGGAGGAGAAGGCAAGGCGAAGGACCUCUGGGCCUGUCUGCUGGGGUCUGAGUGAGCUGCAGGCCUACUUGGGAGCAAGUCACAGAGGUGGGCUUUGACUCUGUUGCCAGAGGAGAUGCCAUCCCAGGAGAGUCCCCACCAUGGGGCUGGCAGCAGGGGCUGGGGGAGGAGUGGGACCGCCUCCAUGUUGUGCCCCAAGUCUGAGCAAGUCGAAGCAUGUGAGUCUAGGGCAAGAGGAGGGAUUUAGGAGGUACAGGUCACAGCACACAGUCGGGCUCUAGGACACCGUCCCCCCGGGAGUCAGGAGAGCAGUUUGCCUCCGUCUGGAUGGGUCACAGUUUGAGCCGAUCCAGGCACAAGCUCAUAGGUGCUACUGUGCCAUGAACUGGGGUCCCCGCAGGGUGACCAGGUAGGUCUAGGGAAAUGGACUCUUGUGCAUGAAUGGAGUUCUCACUGGGCUCCCCAGAGCCUCUAGAGAUGGUCUCUUAAGUCUGAUUCCUGCCUGGCUGAUCACCUGGCCUACUAAACUCAGGUGUCACCAGACCCCCAGGUAUGAGAGCCAGGAGAACAGGUGACCAGAUGGGGCCCCUAGGGUAGAAUUUUGACUGCACCUUCAUGUGGGGCUGUGUCUAAGGGUUGCCCACCAGGCUGAUGAAGAGGGGUGUAGGGUGUGUGAGGGGCAGUCGGGCAGGCAGAUGUGGCCUCGGCACCAGGGCUAUGGCUGGGCCCUGGAGGCCUCUGCAAGGAAGGGCUCACUACCUCCUGGGGGCUCUGGGCCUUGAUGGGAAGGGAGGCCAGGGGCUUCCCAGGGAGGGGGUGGGGCGGCCUAGUCCCCCCACACUCCGCCUUCCCCUCCCUUGCGAGCCCCUGGGGCUGUACAUACUCCAUCCCUUUGUCUGACCCACAACUACCCCACAGUCACCUUCUCUUCCAUUUAGCGACCACCUUGUAGGCCCAUCCCUUGGGAUCCGAGCCACCCCAUCCUGCAUCACAAACUUUGGUUUGGGGGAGCUUCUUUAUGUUCAUUUUAUUUUUCAUUUUGUACAGAGAAAUAUUCUUUUCAAAAGCGUCUUUUGACUGAAGUAACUUUUCUGGUGCUGUUGUUAACUUGUUCCUUUUUUUUUUUUUUUAAUUUAUUUUUCCACCCCAGGCCACCCCUCCUGGUUCCUACUUACCCUUUCUUUCCCCAUCCCACUCCUCCCAACCCCUGCAUCCCAUCUGAAUUAUCUUCUUUUCUUGUCAGUUUUUGGAUAAAUUCUCCUGUCUUCCUUGCCCCCCUCACUUCCAUCCUCUCCUUGAUUUAACUAGUCACUGCUACAAGUAACAAAUGCACUGUGAAGAUUCCAGUAUUAAUAAAGUGGUACUGUAGUUAA